AUGCGUCGAAGUGAUGAUACCCGAUCUCCAACUGUUGAGAACAAAGUUACUCAAGAAAUCACCAGUAAACUCGAGAUGGCGAUUGGAGACGCGAUUACUGCUCUUGAGUUCGACUACUACGAACUUGGAGUCGCGCUGUUCCGCUUCUUUACGACGGUCGGGUUCUGCGUCAUGUUCGCUGUUCUUGUGUAG